CGCUGCGGGGGGUGGGGUCCUUCGAGAGGUCCUUUGAACAAAAGUGGCGCGGCAGCAUGAUGGAAACUUGGAAGUUUUGACGAAGAAAGAAAAGAGUAAUUUAACGCUCUCCGGAAUGUUUUCUGCGGAUCAAAGUUGUUGGUUUGUCCGCAAGGUGAUUUGUUGGAGAGCUGCAGCCAGCAUAGCCUGGGCCGUAUUGCUGUUGCUGCUCACCACAGCAGUUUUUGUCAUCCUCAGCAGAUUCAGUCCUCUCCACCCCAUCCAGACACUAUCAGAAUGUUUGUCCUUCAUGGGAAGCGCCAGCGGAAUUUUCUCCCUCAUCCUACUUUGCGCCGUCACCACCAUCGUGGGCUUAUUGAUCUUUGAGUAUUAUACAGUUGUCCCCAGCGUUGCCUGCUCCAAAAUCGCCUUGUUGGGUAAACUGCUGCACCCGCGUCAUGUGGCAAACUCCCUCGUCCACUGCGUCAUGGGCGUCCUGGUAGCAUGGUGUGCGGCCGUCACCAUCGGGGGGCGCUACGAGAUGCUUGGGGACCCGUGCGGCCUCAGCGAUAGUCCGCCUCAGGUGUGUCUGAACGAGUACCACCUGAUCCUCCUGCUGGCGGGGGCUUUUGUGGGCUUUUCCCACACUCUGUUUGGCGUCGUCCACAACAUGAACUACGUGUCGUUCCACACGGUUCAGCAAUACAAGUACCUUCGCUUUAAGGGGUCUUUGCCGCUGGUAGUGAAGUGCAGCGCCACCCAAGCGCUUUACUCCAUCAGGAACUACAUUGUCAUCUAUUUCUUCUUGGGAUACAUCCCGAGAGAGUGGAUCUGUAAAAUGUUUAACCUUAACAUGAACAGUUCUUCCCACCGUUUGGACACCAUCAGCGGACUCCUGGACCUGUCCCUGCUCUACCACCUGUGGAUCAGCGCCACCUUCCUCCUCUUCACCUGGUACAUCGCCCUGCUCCUCUUCAGGAUUUUUAUCACUGAGGGCUACAGUUUCCCAAUGCAGUCAUCUUUCACAGAGGACGUGCACCAGUGUCUUCCCAGAGUUCUGUCUGACCCACAGCCGGCCAUAUUAAAAUUCCUCGCCCUACAGGACUUGGCACUGCUCUCUCAACACUCACCAUUACGACGCAGCGAGGUGUUCAGUCUGAGUCAGCCAGGUGGACAUCCUCACAACUGGAACGCCAUCAGCAGAGAGUGUCAGUCGCUUCUGAGCGAUCUGACCCAGCGACUAGUGGCGUACCACGACAGCAUGGCCACCAACGGCAGGGCCAAGUCGCUUUCAUCGGGAAGCGAAUUGAAGACCUUGUCCGGCUCGUCGUCUGUUUCUUCUGGUGUGGAGGAUCUGAUGAGUCCAAGGGUCACCAGUGUCCCGGUCAAGACGCCGGGGUCGGUCUUUGCCCGGACUGCGCCGAGCCCCCUGACCGCUCCUUUCACCCCGCCCUACCUGGACAGCCCCUUCGGGUCGCCCGGUCUGCGGCGUCUCACUGCGCCUGUGGACCAGGGCUCGCCGUGGCACGGCGCUGUGCAGAGUCCCCACGUUAUGAGGAGGGCCCCCAGGCUGUGGUCCGCUUCCACAGAUUCCCAGUCCAACGGCAGCCCGCAGCUCUCUGCCGCCCCGAUGCCCUCUCCCAAGCAGGUUAUCUCCCAGCCCAGUCUUUUGGCCCAGUUCCUCCAUAACAGGAAAGAACAGGUUAAGAACUUCCUGUUCAAGCGUGUGCUGAUAGCAUAUUUGUUCAACAAGCUCCCAGAAGCAUCCAGUGAAGCGCUCUUUGCAGACAGCCAGGCUCACAUUUGGGCCUUGGAAGGACUGUCCUACCUGGUUCAAGCCUCCUUCUCAGAGGACCACUUUGGCGUGGUGCAGACGACGUUACCCAGCAUCCUUAGCUGCAUGCUGUCCCUGCAAGAGGCAGUGGACCGACACUUCAAGCUGCCUCACGCCUCCACUAAGCCCGUGAGGAUGGGCGGCGGCAUGGGCGAGCUGGCCUACAAGACGCUGCGCUUCGCUCUCAGGGCUGCGCUCAAGACAGCCAUAUACCGAAUCACCACCACCUUUGGAGAUCAUCUGAAUGCCGUUGACAUGUCCGCAGAGCACCGCAAGAAGCUGCAGCACUUCCUGCACUACAAGGAGUAACUUUUUUUUCCAUUUUCAUCUAUCACCAUCAUACUGUCUAGGAGCAAACGCUGGAUGCUUUUAUUUGUUACGAGGGAGGAGGGACUAGUAAACUCACAAGUCACCUGUUGUACAUAUUAGCUCAAUUGUUUUUGAUUUAUAAAAAAAAAAAAAAAAAAGCGUCUUCAGAUUUCGCUGCAAAUAUUAAAUAAGGUAUGGGAUCUUCAUGGUCUGUAUUUCCCUAACAAGUUUCAUUAUUUUUUUUUUUCCCCCUCAAAGUGAAACUGGUUUGGGGAUUUUCAAUAAUCCCAAAUAGAGGUAUAAAAAUAUAAUUUCCUCUUGGAAGACCCUUUCUUUAUCACCAAACCGAUAUUUGUCUUAAUUCAUAGUUUUUCACAAAUGUGUACUUUUAGGUUUGUCCACGUCAUCAGUUAUUUUAAGGCAGGGGUGUCAAACUCAUUUUCAUCGCGGGGCAUUUUGUCGUUCCGGUUUCCCCUCUGAGGGCUGUUAUGAAAAUGUAGAAACCUUUUUCUGCCUCAUCAUAUUUACACAUGAAAUUUAUGGACUAGUUUCGAAGUCAGAAAUCAAGGGUGAUGGAUUUUUCAACUAUUAUUCAUGUUUGGUCAGAUAAAAAAAAAAAAGGCUUGCUGUGUCUCAAUGUAAUCAUUUAUGAUAUGACAGUUGGAAAUUUGUGUACAGAUUUGAACAAGAAUCAUGGAGGUUGACGCACAUGAUUUACCUUCGCGGGCCACAUAAAAUCACGUGGUGGGCCGGAUCUGGUCCCCGGGCCUUGAGUUUGACACCUGUUUUAAGGAAUUAACCGUUUUCUUGUUAAAAAUACCUUGAGGAUGUUAAAAAUACCUUGAGGACAAACUUAUUAACUAUUGAAUGCUUGAAGUGACUAACUCAAUUCAGAUUCAGUCCAGAUUCUUUUAUUAAGUACCUGGCAAUCCAGAUUGAAAGCUAUUUUUGUCAUUUGUUUUUAUCAAAGACAUAAGUAAGUGAAACCCGUUAGGUUAUUUGACCAUUUUAUACAUACUCAUGACCAGAUAACAGCUCUCUGGACAGUUGUGGUAGCGCGCUGAAGUGGUUUUGGUCCUGUCUGGCCAACACAACUUUGCGUGUGUUUUGGGUAGUUCUGUACAAGUCCAGUGCUCGAUGAGGUUCCGAAGGGUUCACUUUUGGAGCCACUAUUUUCCUUUAUGUUUGCUAAUCUUGAAAAUGUGCGGAUUUUCCUUUCAUUGUAAGAAAAAAUGCUCUCCCAAUAAUAUUUCUAUUUCAAAGACAUAAUGGGCCUAGAUAUUCUUUAAUCAUAAUGAGAACCCCCUGAAUGAAACGACAGCGACUGGUCAAAGUAGUCUUCGUAAAUCCUCACUUGUUUACUUGGUUCCUUUGACACAAUAUGCAAGCUCAUUUUAUUUUUAUUAAGUAGCUGGCAAGUGUAAAAGCCUUUCUUGCAGCACUUUCGGCUGGAUUACUGUAUUGUACUUUAUUUUGGAGUCAACCAGUCCUCCCCUCAAUCACUUGGCUCAAAAUGCUGCUUCUUGGCUUCUAACUAGGGUACGUAAGCCAAAGAGGGCCCACAUAACUGCGGUCCUCGUCUCCCUUCACUGGAUAUCUGUGUACUUUAGAACACAUCAUGAUUUUUUUUUGUUCAAAUUCAUCUUAAAUCUCAAAAAUGGUCUCGCCUUGCUGAGCGACUCCAUCCACACUCCCCUGCCUCAGGUCAGGAUCACAGCAGUCAGUUUAAUGAGAGACAUUUGUGUA